GGAGCCCGACUGGGCUGAGCCGCAGAUCCUGAACAAGCCACCCGCACGGCCCCGCCCGCCCGGAGGGAUGAGUGACGGCGGCAACAGGUGGAGAGCUGCGUCUGCGGCUUCUCGGGAGCCCCCGAGUUUGGCGCGUCAGGCCCCGAGGGUCAGAGUUUGACUCUGGAACUUUCUUCGCUUUACACCAGUCUUCGGAAGUCACCGGUCAACCGGCUUCUUCCACCUCAGUAAAGCCUUAAGGUCACCUCAAUCUCUCGAAACCCACCAGUCCCAGAGGCCGACUAUUCUCAAGUGGAGGAGAGGGGAAGGCGUGCGGUGCAUGGAGCUUUGCCUGACCGCUCGCUCUCUCCUCCCCAGCCGUCUGAGAGCAGGCGAGAGGGGUCCUAAAACCGAGCCCUCGCUCCGCACGCCCCACGCCCGCCACGCUGUGCUGUGCGCUCUGCCCCUGAGGCGCCCCGGCUAGGAGUCCCAGGGCCACAGCCGAAACUCGCCCGCCCGCGCCACUCUUCGGCUUGCGGCGCCCGCCCGCACCGCCACCUGCCACCCGAGGCGACGCCGUCUGCUCCUCCCCAUCCGCCAGGUGGCAGGUUCAGGGUCUUGCUCCCCUACAGCUGCCACCCCCGCUCUUCCCGCCAGGGGGCGAGAGUCCCCGCCAGGACACGCACGCUGCUGCCUUGGCGUGAAGGUGGUUUCAAACUUUAAACUUCGCUUCCCUACCCGUCGUCUCUGAAGAGGGGAGAGGAAGAUGGAAACCGAGUCCAGGCCGCAAACAUCAAAUCAGAUACAAACAGAUUCGUUAUCUCCAUCCUCUAAUCCUGUGUCACCUGUGCCUUUGAAUAACCCAACAAGCGCCCCAAGAUAUGGAACAGUGAUCCCUAAUCGCAUCUUUGUAGGAGGAAUUGACUUUAAGACAAAUGAAAGUGAUUUAAGAAAAUUUUUUUCCCAGUAUGGAUCUGUGAAAGAAGUGAAGAUUGUAAAUGACAGAGCUGGAGUAUCCAAAGGGUAUGGUUUCAUCACUUUUGAAACACAAGAAGAUGCACAAAAAAUUUUACAAGAGGCUGAAAAACUUAAUUAUAAGGAUAAGAAGCUGAAUAUUGGUCCAGCAAUAAGAAAACAACAAGUAGGGAUCUCUCGUUCUAGUAUAAUGCCAGCAGCUGGAACGAUGUAUCUAACAACUUCAACUGGGUAUCCUUAUACUUAUCAUAAUGGUGUUGCUUAUUUUCAUACUCCAGAGGUAACUUCUGUCCCACCACCUUGGCCUUCACGUUCUAUAUGCAGCUCCCCUGUGAUGGUAGCUCAGCCCAUUUAUCAGCAACCUGCAUAUCACUACCAGGCCACUACACAGUAUUUACCAGGACAGUGGCAGUGGAGUGUUCCUCAGUCUCCUGCCUCUUCUGCUCCAUUCUUAUACCUACACCCUUCUGAUGUUAUUUAUCAACCAGUGGAAAUUGCACAGGAUGGUGGAUGUGUUCCUCCUCCACUGUCUCUGAUGGAAACUUCAGUUCCAGAGCCUUAUUCUGAUCAUGGAGUUCAAGCAACAUAUCACCAGGUUUAUGCUCCAAGUGCCAUCACUAUACCUGCGCCUGUGAUGCAGCCUGAACCAAUUAAAAGACAUUCUUGCUCCGUGGCCCAGGUUGGAAUGCAGUUAUUCAAUCACCGCGGCUCACUGUGACCUCAAACUCCUGACCUCAAGCCAUCCUCUCACCUCAGCCUCCCCAGUAGCUAGGAUUACAGGCAUGUACCACUACACUCAGUUAAUCUUUUAUUUUUUGUAGAGACAGGGUCUUACUAGGUUCCCCAAGCUGGUCUCAAACUCCUGGGCUCAAGUGAUCCUUCUACUUUGGCCAUCCAAAGUGCUGAGAUUAUAGGCGUCAGCCACUGUACCCAGCCCCAAACAUAUGACUUCUAAAAACAGUAGAUUGAGAGAACAAAAAUUCUCCAUACAUAUACUAAGUAAAAUACAUUUAUUUCUAUUUUGUAGUAUAUCUCUUAAUAGAUAAUUUGAAAAGUAAGGUUUUACUUAGGACCCAUUUUGAAGGACAAUCUGAAGAAAUUAUCUGAAAUUCACUUGGUGUUGGAAUAAAAUGGAUAAUACAGAUAUUAGUACAUGUACCAAAAUCACAAGGUAAUAACUUUGCAAGCUGUUUUCACAAAAUCUCUAAUAUAAUCAGAGAUAGAAAGAUGGUAACAUGUCAAAAGAUAAAGAAUCUUGGAAAAAUAGAGUUUAACUUUGUCAGCUGAUUUCAGAAGGAUGGCUUUGAAAGAUGUAUGAUUUAGUUUAUAACAGAUUGCUUUAUAAAUUUCACAAGAACAGUACAAUUAUUUUCAAACAAAUUUAUACAUGAUAAUCCCCAUAUGUAGGAGUGUGUUUCCUGGAUUUAUACUACACUUAACUAUAAAAUAAUGAAUUGGGGGUUACACACAAAAAUUCUUUGUACAUUUCCCAGAAACUGUGCUUUAAUAGAAUUAAAAUACAGAAUCAAAGGACUUUAGCAGGGUAUUCAAUAUAACUUCAAUAUCAGGCUUCAACAUGCUCUUAGUUGUAAUAAAUUGUUAGCCUCUAGACUUAUAGUUUAACUCCAAUUUCUCCUGAAAUCCCUAUAGAAUCCCUUAAAAGUGGCAAAGGGGAAAUGUUUACCCAAAGGAUGCAUAUAAAUAAUAUUUAUAAUUGGUGCUGUUUGUUUCAACUCUAUUCAGUGUUUCUAAUCCUGUACAUAAGUCCUUUAAAAAUAUGGCAUCAGCUUUGUCCUUCCAUGUUGAAUACCACUCUCUGAUUAGCAGCUACAGUGGCUGCUUUUUGUUGGACUUACUCUUCCCUUUGAAACACAGGAGUGUGAGAAGUGGCCUCUCUAUUCUUAGAGACCAAGGCCCCUCAUUUCCUCCCCUGUUAAGAGUUUUCUCACUUCAGGAGAUGAGCAACAGUUGGUGGUUGUUCAUCAGAGAAACUCUGGGGGACCUAGAUCCUCACACUUCUUGGAAUAUACCUGUAAGAUUCUGGUACCCUUAGGCCUAAAGAGAAAAUGUCUAAGAAGAAAGUUCUUUGAUUAGACUUGUACUUUUUUCUUUCUCCAUUUCUCUAAGAGUUUUUAUUUCCUGGGAAAAAUUGUUGUUUUAAAAGAUGAUAGUUUUUGUUUUGUUAUUUUGUCUUAUAAUGAGUCAAGUUUCUUUCCAGAGGUAUAAAGCCUUCAAAGCAACUGUUCCUAACUUCUUAAUAUUUAUUUUUUCCCUUUACUAACCACUGACCAGUUUUGUGGCAUUCUCUCUAUACCUUUGUCUUUGGUAGCUUUUAAUCCUUUAAAAAGUUUUCCCCUCAGAAAAUUUCAAGCUGGAAAUUAAACUCUACUUGUUCUAUCUCAUGAGUUCCAUAAGCCUAUUAGUUGCCCUUUCUUUUUUUUUUUUUGAAGAGGACUGGGAAGGAUGGUGUGGGGGAUAGUGUCUCUCUCUCUUGUCCAGGCCAACACGAUCGUAGCUCACUGCAACCUCAAACUCCUGGACUAAGCAAUUUUCCCGCCUCAGCCUCCAGAGUAGCUAGGACUACAGACAUGUACCAACGUUACUAUACCUGUCAAUUUCUUAAAUUUUUUUUUUGUAGAAAUGAGGUCUCAUUAGGUUUCCCAGGCUUGUCUUGAACUCCUGGGCUCAGGAGAUCCUCCCACCUCAGCCUCCCAAAGUGCUGGGAUUUACAGGUGUUGAGUCACUGCACUGUGCCUUAGUUGUUCUCUUUCAAUCUGGGAAGCCUUUCCUGUCUACCCACCAGAAUAUCUCUUCUCCAACUUGUUCUCCAAAUACUAUACCCUUGUUUGGAUCAGUUUUUUUUUUAAACUGAUGUGCUGUCAGUGAGAAAGACCUCCCUUCAUUCUGGGCUUCUCCCCUUUCCGGCUACUAGCCUUAUUAUGGAGGACCUCUAUUUUCUGUUUGGGUAUAAUGUUUCCAAAUUUCUAGAGACUCUGAGUCUUUUAUUACUCACUAAAUUCAGUUAACCUCCUUGACUAAAAAUGAUAGGGCUUAAGGAUAUUCAUUAUGUAGCCCUUAUGUAUGUGCUGUCAUCUCUGCUUUCAUUUUCAAAUAAAAUUCUACACUUAAAGAAAAAAAUGCAAUUAAGCAUUUUUAAUUUUGUAAGAGUUUUGUCCAGUACUAAGCAUAUCACAGAUGAUAUUUAAAUCCAAAGGAUAUUUUCACAAAAGUCUAUAUUAACCUAAAUAUAUAAUCUAAUCAUACUAACUGGAAUUCUAGAUUUGAAAAAUAAAGGCAAAAGAGAUAAAAGUAUCUUUCCUUCCCUUGACUUCCCUAAGAAAAGGAUAAAAGAGAAUGCCUAUUAACCCAAAAGACUUAAAUCCAGUUUGGUAGAAUUUCCAGUAGUAUAACGCAACACGAAAACAUUUCAGACAAUAUAAUGGGAAAGAUGUUUGGCUAAGGAAUCCAGCUCAAAUGUAGAUAAAUCAUACUUAAGAAUGUCAUUCUUAGUUUUCACAGCUAUUUUCUUUCAUUUCUAAACCCACUGGUAUAUUCUUAAAGCUCCAAGGUUUUCACAACGGUUCCUAAUAAUAACAGAGCAAGCAUUUUAGAAGUAUGAAAAAAGAGAACCACAAUAGUUUUUGCUUGAACAUGGAGUGUUAUAUCCUUUUAAUUUUCUAUUAAUUUUGCUUUACAUAUUAUAAGAGAAAAAUUUAAAAGAUGAUGAUCAGAGAAUUACCUUUGUUACUAAAUCCUAAAGAUCAGACGAAACUAGCAAGGAUAUGUUAGUUAAAACAAAUCUUUUGUACAUCUGUAUUUUCUUCUUUAUUUCAAAAAAGCUGUCCUGUUUGCCUGGAAGGAUUUCACAGGUACAACCCUAGUUAAGGAUAAAAUACUGACAUUUUUUUACUGCAAUUUAGUUGAUUUCUAUUUGUGAAGGCUGAGUCUAUCAUAUAUUCUAUGAGUUAUCUCAGUAAAGUAUUUUCUCCAUCAAACGGGACUCGUGGUAUUUACGUUAAUAGUGGCUUUACUUUUGCUCAUGAAGCAUUUGAGAUAAAAAUAUUUCUAAAUUCAUCCUUCAAUAUCUCAUAGUAUUUGAAUUUCAGAUGCCCUUUGGGGUACAAUUGCGCAUGUCAUCAUUCUGGGUUUUUUUUUAAUCUAAUGGAAUAUAAUCAUCUGAAACUUGAGGCUUUGUGAUACUAUAUAGUGAAGUCCUUUUAUAUUAUAGAAAUACCUUGCUGACUAGAGCUUUUAAACCACUAUAUUAUAUAUAUAUAUAUAUAUAUAUAUAUACACAAAUAUAUGCAUACAUACAUGCAUAGAUAUAAAGAAUAAUAGAGAAAACAUAUUAAUUAGAACAGACAGUAUUAUUGUAAUAUUACUUAUUAACAAGUAGUGUGGCACCUAUUCUAGUUGUCUGGACUGGGAAUCUGAGGCUAGAGACAGGUUCUAAUUUUUUAACAGGUGAGUUUUUGCAGCUUUAUCUAUUAGCUAUCAUUCCAUCCCUUUGUGAAGGUAUCAUAAAAAGCAACUGACAAAUUAGAAUUCAUGGAUCAGAAUUCUGUGGACUUAUUUCUAGUUUGGAGGGAAACUGACCAACAUCUGAUUUUUGAUAAAUAUAAAAUUCUGAAUUCCUCAUUAAGGUUUAGUUUGUCUUGCAUCAAAUGUUGAACUGGUGGUUUCCUACAGAACUGGAGUUUAAGUAUUCGUAUUGGUUAUCUAAAGCAUUAUUUAUUUAACUUCUUCUCCCUGCCCCCCAGUGAAUAAAUGACUUUGUUAUCUUAGUAACUGUAUUAAAAAUAGCAAUGGAGAAUUCAGGACAUCUUUUCACAUCACCUUCAGUACACACAGCCUCCUUUGUUAACCCAAGUGUGCCAGGUGAAUAUUAUGGUUAUGCCAUGAUAUGAAAAAAGUUUAGAAAGCUGAAGAAAGGAUAUUAUGGUUGGUUUUUUAAUGGGACUUUUUGAAGCUAAACACUAUUUUUUAAGAUUCAAACUUUGAUUUGGGAUAUAAACCCAACACUGUAUACAACUCAUUUAAUCUAUUCACUUGCUUCUUGAAAAUUACUUUCUAAAACACCGUCACCUUUGCUUAAAUUUUGUAUAUCCAUUAUAGAGAUUUCAGCUUCCCUUAUUUUCUUCUAAAUGAUGAAUUAUUUGGAGAAACAUCCAGAAUUCAUUCUAAAUGUCAUUACUUCACAUAAAUCAUCCAGUUGGUCUUUUCUCAUUAAACAUCCUUCAAACCAAACGUCUUCAUACAUGAUAGCUAAAGGUAAGUGACAAUAUAGUUUUUACUGACAUGAUUUAAUCUCAGGUCAUGCAGUUUCAAAAGAAUCUCGUCUUUAUUGUUAAUAAAGGGCAGUCCAUUCUAUUACAGUAAGACAGACUUACAAUUAUGUUCUGUCUGAUUAGGAUCAUGUGUAGUAGCAUAACUACAUCUUUUUUCAGAACUGAUUACAACUUUAGAUAUGUGCCAAGUUCCAAUGUAAUUAUUAGUUUAACUUUCUCUGAAACAUUAUAAGGAUUCAGAAUUAGGAGUCCUUAUUCUACAACACAUAUUUCCUCUUGAAUCUCACUCUCACCUGCAUUGAUGAGCAGCAGACUUGAUUUUUAUUAUCUUUAUAGAAAUCACGGUGAUUCACCUAUAGAAGAGGUCCUCUGAUGUUUCAUUAGUCAUAUCAAAUUCCACUUUAACUUCUGAUCCUUGUAAUAGACAGUUCUUGACUUUGCUGAUCUCUGCUCAGAGAUCUUACAUGGGGUAAUCAUCUACUUAUCAUCCAAAUAUGAACACUUAAGAGGGAAACGGGGCACCAAAAAUAAUUAAAAUUAUGAUUUUUGAAAUAUGUGUUCAUUGGCCAACAAAGUUUGCCAAAUUAAUAAGCCUAUAAAAUCAUUCUAUUCAAAAACUGUUUUCCAAAACUAAAAUUCCAGUAAUACAGUAAGCGUAAGCCUAGACUGUCUCAGGGAAAUUGGAAUAUAGCUAACCCUAUUAAUAUAUUACACAAUAAAUGUAACAUUAAAUCAGGAUCAAAAAGUAUGGUCUAAGAAGGAACUAAGCUAUAGGGCCUAGGCCUGGACUGCUUUAUUACUUUAAUCCUUGAAGCUUUAUGGUUGCCAGUUUAGCCAGUGAUACAGCUAUACAGACAGACCGACUUAGGUUUAGAUACAAGCCUAUUUUCCUAUGUCAUAAAUAUGAAAUCAUAGAAUUAUAUAAUUUAAGGACUCAAAUAAAU